AUGGCUUCUAUUUUACCUGCUUCCAAUAGAUCCAUGAGACCUGACAGGAAUACAUAUAAUGGAAAGAAGACCUAGAGGGUCAAAAAUCCUUACCUGGAUUCUAUGGAUGAAGACAUUCUCUAUCACCUGGAUUUAGGAACAAAAACACACAAUCUACCAGCAAUGUGUGGGGAUGUAAAGUUUGUCUGCGUUGGUGGAAGCCCCAACAGGAUGAGAGCAUUUGCAAUGUUUAUGCACAAGGAGCUCAGACUGGAGGGAGAUGGAGAAGACAUUAAAGACAUCUGCGCUAGAACAGACAGAUAUUGCAUGUUCAAAACUGGUCCUGUGCUCUUCAUCAGCCUAAGUUAUGGCAUUGGCAUUCCCUCCAUUUCUAUUAUGCUUCAUAAAUUCAUCAAAUUAUUACAUCAUGCACGGUGCUGUGAUGUCAUCAUUAUCAGAAUUGGUACAUCAGGGGGAAUAGGGUCUGUUGUCAUAACAGAUACAGCUGUAGAUUCCUUCUUCUAGCCCCGGUUUGAGCAGGUCAUCUUGGACAAUGUUGUCACUUGGAGUACUGAACUUGACAAGAAACUGGCUGAAGAACUGUUCAACCAUAGCAAAGAAAUUCCCAACUUCCCAACCCUCAUUGGACAUACAUGUGAACAUGAUUUUUAUGAAGGAACCUACAGGGUUGAUGGAGCAUUGUGUUCCUUUUCUAAAGAAAAGAAGUUAGAUUACUUGAAAGCAUACAAAACUGGUGUGAGGAACAUUGAAAUGGAAUCUACAGUGUUUGCAGCCAUGUGUGGUCUGUGUGCUCUAAAAGGUCAGUUACAUGACAACUCUCUGGGUGACAGUGUCUGUGUGACCCUUCUUGACCGACUUGAAUGUGAUCAAAUCAACUUGUCUCAUGAUGUUCUGAUGGGAUACCAGCAACGGCCUCAGCUCCUAAUCUCAAACUUCAUCAAAAAGCAACUUGGACUUUGUGACCAGAUGUCAUAA